UUAAUUUCCAAGCUUUUUACAAGGAAUUAAAAAUCAGUUUAACUUAAUAUAUAUAUAACUAAUUUAAUAUGAGAUGCACAAUAAUAUUUAAAGUUUAAAAAUAACUAGUAUUUUUCAAGUUUUUAAUAAUAUAUUUUUCAUGUGAAUCAUAUUGUGAAGAAGAAUUGGUUAUUUAUACAUGCUAGUCUAACAUUAAAUGCGAUCCAAUAUGCACUGUAAAUUCGAUUGUCUUUGUCUAAAUUAAUCUCUUGCAACACGCGUGGCGUUAAUAUACAAUUUAUUUGGUGGUUGUACGAGCGAUCAAAGUUUUUUGUGGAAGUUGUGGAAGUUGUGGAAGUUGUUUGUUGUGUUAGUUGAAACUUGAUAAUAAUAAUGAAACUUAAAUAACUUUUCUAUAUCACACCAUUAUUUACAAAUUUUUAUUAUCAAAAAAAUGAAGCCACUUAACAAAGGUUUUGUUAAAUUAUCUUUUCCAAGACACAGCAAGAAAACCAACAAACAACUUUCUCCAUUACUUGGCCCAAUCAACGAUCCGCCUGUAGUGAACUCUAAUGAGAUUUCUAAUGAUUCUGAUAAUAAGAGGAAUUCAAUUCAGGAAUCUCCGGCUGAUACCUUACAACCACUAGAAAACAUUCCCAAAAUUACAAUACCUGAAAAUGAAAGUGACGAAAAUCCCUCACCGCUACCAAAAUCACAAUCAGCUACAGAACUUCGACCACCGGCAGCUGCUAAAGCUGUUCGUUCUUCAUCACAGACUGACAUUUUAUAUCCAAAUUCUAUAAAUCGACAUCCAAACUGUCUGUCAAUGAUCACGUCAAGCGACUCAGCGAAAGCUAGUACUAUAACGUCUGUGCGUAAGCACAGUUUACCACAAGUCAUGGAUUUGUUUCCAAAUCAAAAUCAGCUAAUUAAACCAUAUAUGACUUUAGCAGAAUUUAAAAAAAUUGAUGAAUUUCCUCGACAACAAAGAGCCAUUUUGGCUGCAUUGCAACGUCAAGAUAAUCGAUUAAGAAAAGAGGGGGUCAUAAAAGAGAUGAAGAAGGCCUCUUUAAGAGGGAAAAGAGACAGAAUCAACUACUAAUAGGUCGAUACCUCUAGUAAGACGAGGUUCUUCUAGUGGUAGUGUUGCUCUGAAAUUUUUUGGAAUUAAAAAGGGUAAAAAACGAACCACAUCAGUUUUAUUAAACAAUCUAAUC